CCAUUCACCUGAGCCGAAGAGCCGACUACCAAUCAACCUAAAAUACUGCAGAUAUAUAUCUGCCACAAAUUCCUGACGACAAUCUAAGUCAAUUGGGAAAUUCUAACAAGGAACGAGAAUAAAUUGCCCAUCUUUGCUCGUCGUAUUACCAUUGUAGCCAUGAGGCGGACGAGGAUACACGGUGCCAUCGUUGUAGUUCUGCUCUACGCGGCAGGAACCAGGGCGCAGCAGUAUGCUAGCUGUAACAACGUCUUGAAGCCGGCGUACCCGCCGCCUGUGGUGGGAAGCGGAUGGGUUGCUCAACUCAUUGCGAACAAUCUCAAUAAACCGCGAGGCAUCAUAUUUGAUGACAACGACAACCUGCUGGUUGUUGAAAGAGGGGUCGGAAUUCGACGUCUGAUUUUCCACCAGGUUGAUAACGAAGCCUGCUUGUCGAUUGCGGAGACAAAGAGCGUUACUGAGUUUCAAGAUCUCAACCAUGGAAUUGCUCUCUCCAAUGACGGCAAGACGCUGUUUGCUUCCUCAACUGACAAGGUCUACGCCUGGGCCUACAAUGCCUCAUCCGGUUCCCUCGGUGAUCAGCGAACCGUUGUUCAAAACAUGAACGUGAACGGCAACGGCCAUGUAACCAGGACUCUGCUCAUGUCCUCAAAGCAACCUGGCAUGUUACUCGUAUCUAAGGGCAGCGGCGACAACGUCGAUGACCGCGCCAGAGAUCGCUCAACUGGUGUUUCCCAGAUUCGGGCCUUCAACAUGAGCAAUCUCCCCAAUACGCCUUAUGACUACGCUUCCGAAGGGACUAUGCUAGGCUGGGGUCUACGGAAUUCGGUCGGUGUGGCCGAGGAACCGAUCACUGGAGGCAUCUUCAGUGUGGAGAACUCGGUCGAUCAGAUCACCCGCGAUGGUACAGAUAUCCACCAGGACAAUCCAGGUGAGGAGAUGAACUUUCACGGGUUCUUGAAUGGGUCUACGGAUAACCAGGGCGGCAACUACGGGUAUCCCGAUUGCUACGCUCUCUGGGAUACCGAUAUCCCGGAUGUCGGGAGCAUGGGCGUCGGCAGCCAAUUCUCACAGGAGCAGAACGCCACUCUGAAUGACACGACCUGUAGCGAGACCAGAGUUGCACCCCGACUGACGUUCCAGGCUCAUAUGGCACCACUGGAUAUGACCUUCAACUCGAACGGAACUGAAGCAUAUGUCACUUUUCAUGGAAGCUGGGACCGUGACAACCCAUCCGGCUACAAAGUCUCGAGUAUCCAAUUUGCCAACGGUCAGCCCGUCGCGCCCUUCACCUCGACGGAAAGUACUGCCGACAUGCUCUCCAACGCCGACAAUAGCGCCUGCCCAGACAGCUGCUUCCGCCCCGUCGGCCUCGCUAUUGACACUUUGGGCCGGGUGUAUAUGAGCUCUGACACGACAGGUGAGAUUUACAUUAUGGCCAAAGCUGAGAUCACGGCUUUGGGUGGACCAUCUCCGACUACGUCCUCAGGGAUGCCUUCGGCAACUGAUAGCAGCAGUGCCGGGCACGGCAUAGGCCCAAGAGCAUACGUCGGGUACGGUGGUGGAGGUGGUGAGGGAGCAGGAUGGGGGUUCGGUCUGACGGCUUUGGCCUGCUUUGUGACCGGACUCGGGGCCUGGGCUGCAUUUCCUGUUGUGGAACCCCGUGCGCGCAGGGCUUAGAGGGUUUUAGUAAGCUAGUAGGGUUCGAGCAACAGUUCAGACAUACGUCUGGGGCUUGGUCUGAACGAGGGGAGAAGAUAUUUUGUCAAGUCGUAGCUGGGAUAUCCCGCUAAGUAUACGUUUAGGGGGUGCAAGGGUGAGGCAUUGCUUCGUGAGUACCUGAAGCCAAUGCGUUAUUACACAAUGUAUCCGCAUGCUGUGAAUGAAUGAAUGAGCAUUGCACUACAUCUUUACUAUCAAU